AUGACCACCGGCGUUGAGAGGCUUUUUGACGAACUUGGACACUUUAAAAGGUUUCAGGCAUGCCUCUACUUUGCUGCAAUUUUCCAGGCCAUCUCUUGUGGAAUACAUUACCUGGCCUCAGUUUUCUUAGUCGAAACACCUAAAUUUCUUUGUAAUCCUCCUUUGAAUAUCACAGAUGUUCUCUACAAAAACCUUUCUUUCACAUCCCUGGCAGAUAUCUGGACUCAUUAUAAGACAGGUGAUGGACCUGUGGUUGUACGGACAUCUCAAGGAGACCAGUGGGAACUUAGUCCUUGUUUAAAAGCACUGCGACUUGAUGCCAUUAAUUUUCAAUAUGAAUUUUUUGGGAACAAAUCCGUGGAGUCUUGUGGUGCAUUUGUAUAUGAUCACAGUGAGGUUGAGCAAAGCAUCGUAACAGACUGGGACCUGGUGUGCGAGAGGGAAUGGCUAGCCAAGCUUACACAACCAACUUUCAUGCUGGGAGUUUUGAUUGGAGCAUUGAUGUUUGGGGAUGCAGCAGAUAGAAUUGGCAGACGUCCUGUUCUCAUGGCUACCAGCUUGUGCCAGUUUAUUUUUGGGGUCACGGUAGCAUUUACAGGAAACUACUAUCUCUUUGUGGUGAUGCGAUUCCUUCUCGCCACGGUAUCAAGUGGGUAUCUUGUUGUAGUCUUUGUGUACGUGACAGAGUUUACAGGAAUUAAGGUGCGCACAUGGACCUCUAUGCAUGUGCACGCAGCCUUUGCUGUUGGCAUUAUGGUAGUGGCUCUAGUGGGUUACCUUGUUCGCGUCUGGUGGAUCUACCAGAUCAUCCUCACACUCAGUACCUCCCCGUUCUUACUUUACUGCUGGAAGUUUCCUGAAACGCCUUUCUACCUGAUGGCUAAAGGCCGGUACAAGGAGGCCCAGGAGCUGUUGGACACUAUGGCCUACAUCAAUGGCCUGCCACCCACACUUAAGGUGUCAGAUUUACAAGAUGGAUGUGAUAGAACACCACUGAAGGAUAAUAAACAGGCAAUGGAAGUUGAGAAAAGGCUGAGCAUGCUGGACAUGUUUGGAAGCUUGAAAAUGGCUGGCCGUAGUGCCACCUGCUGGGCUAUCUGGUUUAUCGGAAGCUUGGGAUACUACGUCUUUAGCCUGGGCUCUGUCAACUUGGGAGGAAACCAGUAUAUCAACCUCUUCUUGGCUGGUGCUGUUGAGGUUCCUUCGUACCUGAUUGGCUGCUUUGCAAUGGAUCGGUUUGGUAGGAAGAAGACAUGUGCCCCGGCUCUACUGCUCGGUGGAGUGGCCUGCAUGCUUAUUAUUGUGGUGCCCCAGGAUGUUGAAGUAUUGGCUAUAGUCUUGAGUAUGACAGGAAAAUUCGCCAUUGCCAUUGCAUUUGGUCUGAUUUACUUGUACACCUGUGAGCUUUACCCCACAAUCAUCAGGUCUUUGGCUGUAGGGAGUGGUAGUAUGAUGUGUCGGGUGGGAAGUGUUGUGGCUCCUUUCUGUGUUUACCUUGCUGACAUCUGGAUCUAUCUGCCGCAGCUCAUCGUGGGAAUUCUGGCGUUCAUCAUUGGGAUCUUGACUAUGUUUCUGCCAGAGACUCUGGGAGAGCCCCUUACCUCCACUUUGGAAGAAGCUGAAGCUCUUGGCUCAAAGCCCAACACAAAGAACACUGAAGUGAAUGCACUAGAGAUGAACCAAUCCAUCAAAGCUUAA